AUAAAUAUUCCAAAAAAAAUUUUUCGAKUUCGAAUUUUUUUCACCUCGAAAUCAGCCUUCAAAGUUAGAUUUCUGGCGACGCCCAGUCGUGUUGGCCGUGUUUUGGGAGACUGGUAACUAGUGACGUAAAUUCGAGAACCGAGAAAAGCGAUUGUCAAGGAUACGAGUAGACAAAGUAUUGUAAACAUUGACGCGUUAGUGACUUUCAUUCCUUCAAAAAACAUAAAUUUCAAUAURUAAUUUCACAAGAUGGCUACGAACUAUUACGGGAGUGAUUGCAGCUCUGAAAGCGAGAUUUCAAGUAUAUAUUCAGAGGAAGAGGAUGGAGAAAUAGAGGACGAAUGCCAUCAACAUGCUGAAACACACGAGUCAGAUGAUAGCUACCCCAGGUCUGAAUCUCACGARUUGGUAGGACCAUAUUCUUCAGAACCACUUGCUGAUGCGGACUGGCUCAGUGAAUAUAACGAAGAAAUUUCAAAGAUCGAGAAGAGAAAUGAAACGCUUCAAGAAAGAUUUGAUGGCGUCACGCCGAAUAGCGCUUGGU